UCUAGACGUAUGAGGCCGUCCUCCGCCUUCACGCCGCCGCGGGCCAAGCGCGGCGGCCGACGUCUCGUCAUCUCUUUUGGUCUUUUUGUCUGCUGCGCCUAGACGGGAGCGAGUCCUGGCCCCGCUUCAGCUGCUUCAUAUUCGGCUUCGCUAUGUGACGCGCGCAUCGCCUGCUGAUCGUGUGCGCGCCUGCAUCCAGAGCCACAAUGGCGAACGACGCGCACGAACGAUCGCCAGACUUCGUGCUCAUGCGCCUGGUCUCCGCCGCCGAGGAGGACCGUCCGGAUGCGGAGAGCGGCACCGCGCCGACCGGAGGGGUCGCGGUGGCUGGGCUGGGCCGGGAGGCGCUGGCUCACAAAGCGGCCUUGGAGCUCAGCCGAGACGUCGGCCUCGAGCGGAACAAAGCCCCGGCUGCACCUGACGGCGGGCACGGCGACGGCCGAGGCCCCCCGUUUGCUCCUCCCAGGCCGCAGAGCCCCGUGCAGGCCCCGAGAUGCGAGUUCGGCCCCGGUCUGCGGCCUCAGCUGCUGGUUUUCUCUGGCCUCGUGCGGAACGGUGACGGGAUCUUAGAACUGAACGAAGAGAGGACUUCUCUGGGCUUGGACCUGCAGAACCCGGUUGCAAGUUGCGCCGAGCCGACGCUCAGUCACAACACUGGGACCCCGGAAGAGGUCCAGCAGCAUCUGGACCAACUGGACGGCACCUGGGGGGCGCAUCCUCCGGUGACUGAGUACAAAGAGCAGCAAGGAACAGCGGAAGUGUUCCGCGGACACCGACUCCUGGCCGGUCCGCCCAAGUGGCCAUCACUGUCGGUAGGGUCCAGCCCGCUGGCAGUCAUCGACCCCGGGUGGACGUGCACCGGCCGGGACCGAGAGGGAGCUGUGUUGGAGCUCGCCCGGAGGUUCGGGGAGCUGGGGGUAGGCGCAGUACCAAAGAUGCUCCUCAAAGCGGGCGAGCUCCCGCAUUGCGCAUGUCAGGGAGCACACGCGCCGGGCGAGGAACACGCAGACGACCCGGCCGUCACCAGCGACGCUCUACUGGUUCUGGAAGGGCUCGGCAGUGACGAUGUGGCCGGCCUGGGCUUGCAGGAGCAGAGUCCGGACGACCGAGUGCGGCACCGACACUUUUUAGUCGAUACGAAACCAGAACCAGAAACGAAUUCCCCCGAGGCGGAAGUGACGGAGGACGAGGUCAGCAGUGCCGGGCGAUCCCGAGUGGCCGACCAGCCUUUUCGGGCCUGCUGCCAGUCGUCCAGCCCCCGCAGGAGGCCGGAGAGAUGCGCCAGUGGUCCGCGGACCCCCAAGCCGGCGACCGCCAAGCCCAAGAAGGGUUCGCUGAGGCUGCGCUUGAGCAGGUUGUUUCGCACCAAGAGCUGCACUGGCUCAUCGCACCUGCUGGACCAGGACCGCAGGACCCCCAUCGGGGGACAGGCGGCCCCUCAUAUGAACGCAUCUGGACCUGCGCUGGACUCCGACAGCAGGCUGAGCCGGGCCAACAGUGCCUUCUCCUCCGCCUCCCUCGCUGCCUUCACUGGCGAGACGGUGUCUCUGGUGGAUGUGGACAUCUCUCGGCGAGGGACCGCCAACACGCCUCACCCGCCCACGCCGCCGCCUCCACCGCGACGAAGUCUCAGCCUUCUCGACGACAUCUCGGGUCCCCAGUCGGGCGGCUUCCUGUUGAGCGUGAUGGGCGCGUCCUUGCAGUCCCUCCCCUUACCACUCCCCCCACCCGCUCCUCCCUCGCACGCCACCAUGCAUCACAGCCUCAGCCUCAACGACGCUUUCCUGCGGGCGCUUCCUCAUUCCAACCCAUCACAGGCCGAGGCGCCGCCUUCCUCCAGGCAGGCCCCACCGCCCGUGCUCUGCGCCCUCCAACGGUCGGAGGCCAGCAACUUCACUGCCAGCCUCAGAGAGCUGGAGAAGUGUGGCUGGUACUGGGGUCCGAUGAACUGGGAGGACGCAGAGAUGAAGCUGAAGGGCAAACCCGACGGAUCUUUCCUGGUCCGAGACAGCUCCGACCCGAGAUACAUCCUCAGCCUCAGCUUCCGCUCGCAGGGCGUCACCCACCAUACUCGCAUGGAGCACUACCGCGGCACGUUCAGCUUGUGGUGUCACCCCAAGUUCGAGGACCGCUGCCACUCUGUGGUGGAGUUCAUUGAGCGCGCCAUCAUGCACUCCAAGAACGGAAAGUUUCUCUACUUCCUGCGCUCCAGAGUACCAGGACUUCCUCCGACGCCGGUGCAGCUUCUGUAUCCCGUGUCCCGCUUCAGCAACGUAAAGUCUCUGCAGCACAUGUGCAGAUUCUGCAUACGCCAAAUCGUGCGCAUCGAUCACAUCCAACAACUUCCACUGCCCAGAUCGCUGGUGUCGUACCUAAGUAAGUUUUAUUACUACGACCCCGAGGAGGAGAUGUACCUGUCAAUCAAAAGCAUCCGGGCGACGCUGGAGGUGCACACGUAGCACAAACAACAACAAAAACAACAACACGCUGCUUGACGGAGCCCCCGAGUGGAAUGAACGGUCGCUGGAAGGAGGACCAGUUUCUGCUCCGGCUCCUCUUGUUCUUGUUCUUCUUGUAAGGACUGUUAAUCGGCACGUAUGAGGAUUUUGCCGGUGCUGUUGUCGUUUCUCAAAGUUUUGCUCGGAGAUCAAAGAACAGAUGGACUCAAAAGUGCUUUUUUUUGUUUUGUUUGUUUGGACAACUUCUCUUUUUUUCUUUCCAGGCUUCUCCUUCUCUUUCUCUCCUUCUGUCCAAUGAGAUGAUGGUUGCUUUAAGAUGCUCUCAGGGCAGAUACAUGCACCCUCCAAACACACGCACACACACACACAACAUAAUUUAUAGUAUACAAACAUUUUCAUUUUAUGCUCUUAGUCAUCUCCUCAAUGUAAGAAGACCUGCCGUACAAAACUCAUACAAUAGCACCCCAGGAAAGUUAUAUAAAAGAAAACAGCCCCUGCCACUAGUUUUAUGAAAUCGGGUGUACAUGUCUGUAAGAUGGCUUGCGACUGAAUAGCGACCAGUUCAGGGUGUAAUCCACCUUUCGCCCACAGUU